AUGUUAGUUGAAGAAGCAAGUCCCGCCAAUUUAACAGGUUUAAGAGCUCUACAACAACACUUCUUCUCUCUAUUACAGACCUGCGACACCAUAAAGAAACUCAAGCAAAUUCACACCCAGAUAAUCGUCAAUGGCUUUUCCCAAAAAAAUUUCCUUCUCGUUAAGCUCUUGUCUUUCUACAUAACUUCUGGUAAUCUCCUAAAUGCACAUAAAGUUUUUGAACGUAUUGAAAACCCAAGUACUACUGUUUGGAAUCAAAUGAUCCGAGGGCAUUCUCAGAGCGAAACGCCCCAUAAGUUGGUUGAGCUUUACAAUCGAAUGGUAGAGGCUGAGGCUGAGCCCAAUGAGUUCACGUAUUCGUUUCUUAUUGGUGGUUGUGCGCGGUCGAGGUUGUUGAGAGAGGGCGAGCAGGUGCAUGGAAGAGUUGUGGCAAACGGGUAUUGCACUAAUGUGUUUGUUCGGACGAGUUUGGUUAAUUUGUAUGCGAUCGCUGGGGGAUAUGAUGGGGUAAGGAAGGCACGCCGGGUGUUUGAUGAAAUAGUUGAUAGAAAUAUAGUGAGUUGGAAUUCGUUGCUUGCAGGGUAUGUUAGGUGUGGGGAUGUUGAUGGGGCACGGAGGAUUUUUGAUGAGAUGCCGGAAAGGAAUGUUGUCUCGUGGACAACCAUGAUUGCAGGAUGUGCGCAAAUUGGGAGGUGUAAGCAAGCGUUACAUUUGUUUCAUGAGAUGAGAAGGGCCGGUGUAAAAUUAGACCAGGUGGCAUUGGUGGCAGCUUUGUCAGCCUGUGCUGAAUUGGGGGACUUGAAGUUGGGGACAUGGAUCCACUCUUACAUUGAUGAGAGACUGCAUGCUGGAAAUCAGCCAUUGCUUGUGUCUUUGAACAAUUCGCUCAUACACAUGUAUGCCAGCUGUGGUGUAAUUGAUAAAGCUUAUAAAGUAUUCAUAGGGAUGCAACAGAGAAGCACUAUUUCUUGGACAAGCAUGAUCACAGGUUUUGCAAAACAAGGCCAUGCAGAAGAAGCUCUUGGUGUGUUUCAGUGGAUGCAGAGGUUGGGAACGGAUGAAGGGAGACCCGAUGGGAUAACCUUCAUUGGAGUUCUGUGUGCCUGCAGCCAUGCUGGAUUUGUCGACCAAGGCCGUCAUUUUUUUGAAUGCAUGAAUAAAAAAUGGGGCAUUGUACCAAGGAUUGAGCACUAUGGAUGCAUGGUUGAUCUCCUGAGCCGUGCUGGCUUCUUGGAUGAAGCACAUAGACUCAUUGAGUCUAUGCCUAUGAAGCCAAAUGAUGCUGUAUGGGGUGCUCUUCUUGGUGGAUGCAGGAUUCACAAGAAUGCCGAGCUUGCUUCCCAUGUUGCUCAAAAAUUGGCACUUGAGCUUAAACCUGAUCAAGCUGCAGGCUAUCUUGUGCUACUGUCAAAUGUUUAUGCUACUGCUAAAAGGUGGCAGGACGUUGCUUUAGUGAGACAGAAGAUGGUUGAGAUAGGUGUAAGAAAGCCUGCAGGCCGAAGUUGGGUCCAAAUAAAUGGAGUUGUCCAUGACUUUGUGGCAGGUGACUGGACUCACAAGCAUGCAUCUUCAGUAUAUGAGAUGCUUAGCAAGAUUACAAGGCAAGCCAAAUUGGAAGGCUACAAACUGGACAUUUCAGAGGUGCUUUUGGACGUUGAAUAG